AUGACCAACUGCGAGACAGACUUUGUCCAGAAGUUGAAUGCUGGUAGGAGAGUUCUCAGCAAGCAGUUGUCGCCACCAUCAGUACAGCAGACACCCGAGCAACAGCAGAACGUGACACUCCCAAGCUCUCCUCUCCGCACCUCCUUUCAGAAUCAAUAUGCAGUUAGCGGAGUCAAUGGUGUCUCAAAGGGAGAGAAACUUGGUCAAAAGCUGUUCAAGCGUAGCGAGGGCAUGGGAUAUGAGAUGCUGGAUGAACGCUUUGAUGACAAGGACCGAGUGGUGGACAGUUUGCUACAAGAUUUGGAUGGUUUCAAGCCAUACGAGUAUAAAGGAAAGGUGAAUCUUCCAGCUAUGGCGCGAUUCAUCCAGGUACUUCAGAACUUUGAGUGCCAGGCUGAGACCAUCGGCCUGGCUGGAGAGCUAAACAGCAGAAUCAAGCUUAGUCAAAUAAAACUAAAACUCCCGGAGAAACACAGAAUGGACUACUACAAAAGUGUUCGGGAUGAGAAUGUAGAGGACUCCAUUUCGGGAUUAAGCAAGUGGCUGUUUCGGCAGCAAAUUCUCAUGGAGAAGUCCAAAGCCACCAUCGCAGAUAGUAUGGAACCAAAAAGAGUUUCUAAGUCCUUGACUGCAGCCGUGUCUUGGGACUCCAGAGAGGCUCCUUCAUAUGCUCGUGAUAUCCAGAAAUGUGCUCUACAUCCUAAGAACUCCUCUCAUUACCUCAAGAUCUGCAACAAGUUCAAAGCCCUAACACUCAAGGAGAAGUAUGAAGUCAUGAAAGCAAAUGGUGUAUGUUUCCGUUGUGGUCAUAACGACUGUAUUGCAGGGAAACCCCCUCAUGACCGCAACAAGUGCCAGUUCAGGGCACCAUGCCGAUUCCAGACAUGUGGUAGUGACGAGCACUUUCCUGCCAUCUGUCCCAAAGCCCAUGGUGAUGCCAGAGAUAAGGAUCAGAGAAGUGGCUAUGCUAACCAGGCAGACUCUGUGAGGCCCACUCAGUCUAACAGUGCCAUACAGGCUUCUGCAAUCAACCAUGUAGGGAAACUGCAAGCUACCUUACCUACCGUGAUGGGAUAUCUACGAUGUGGCAGCAAACGACACCUAGUACGCAUUCUGUUGGAUGGAGGCAGUCAGGCCACACUCGUGAGAACAGGAAUCUUUCCCAGAAUGGAGGGUGAUCUUUUCCAGGAUCAUGACCUUAGCCUUGUUGGCGGCAGUAAUAUCAAGCGGAAGCUGAGAGUCCUUGAUUGUGAGAUUGAGGAUUUACAAAGGAGUUGGUCUUAUCCGUUGACAGCUACUGAGAUAGAUAAGCCAUGCGGGAAUACACCUGUCAUUUUCCCUGAGCAUCUACAGUCCUAUGACCACUUGACAGGUGUAGAGAUAGAUGUGGCCCCAUCACCAGUCAUUGAUCUGCUGCUUGGAGUGGACAAUACUCACCUUAUGGUAUGGGAACAGUACAUCAGGGGGAGCAGACCAGAUGAGCCAGUUGUGGUUAAAUGUCCUCUAGGUUGGUUUGUUCAAGGAGGCCCAGCAGCUAAUGCAGCACCACUCCUCAACUACGUCAGUGUAGCUGCUUCAGGAUCCCUGGAGGAGUUCAUUGGACUCGAGACAGCUGGUUUGGAGCCCAGGAAAUGUAAAUGCUUCUCUGAUGACGAGAAAGAAACUGAAUCCAUGCAGAAGAGUGUUACUCAACUACCAGAUGGCUCUUAUGAGGUUCGCUUACCCUGGAAGCGAUCUCCGGAAGAACUACCAGACAACUAUGACUACGCAGUUAAAAGGCAGAAGAGCCUGGAGAACCAGUUCCGAGACCGGCCUAAUGAGUGGGAAGUCUAUUGCCGGCAAAUGAGAGACCAAUUGGAAAGGGGUGUCUCCCGGCAGGUUACACAGGACGAGUUGCAACAAGACAGGGAUGUAGGCAGAAGGAUGUGGUUUCUUCCACACUUUGGGGUUGUUAAAGACUCAAAAACAACUCCAGUCCGGGUAGUUUACGAUGGUAAGGCGAAGUUCCAAGGGCGUUCCCUGAAUGACUGUCUCAUCAAAGGAGAGAAUGUUAACGCGAAUCUUCUUGAGGUAGCACUCCGGUUCCGUGAAAAUGAAGUGGGCAUGAUCGCAGACAUAUCCAAGAUGUUCCAGGCUAUUAAGAUUUCACCAGAGGAUGCUCGGUUCCACAGGUUCGUUUUCAGAGAGAAUCCAAACCAUCCCAUACAAGUCUUUGAGCUUACAACAGUCACUUUCGGGGAUAAACCCUCUCCAACCGCAGCAAUCAUCACCCUCAGACAUGUGACCCGUGAGCAUGCACCAGAUGAUGACAAGAUACAGAAAGUGAUCGUCGAGCAAUUCUAUAUGGACGACCUGAACGAGUCAGUUAGUAAUGCUGAGGAAGCUCUAGAGUUGAAGUCCAAGCUGACAGAGACAUUGAAGAAAGGAAACUUCAACUUAAGGAAGUGGCAGUCUAAUGUCAAGAAGGUCUGUGAUGAGACAGAAAACACAGACACUGCUACUGUCCUAGGUACCAGCUGGGAUCUAUCUAAGGACACACUGAGAGUGAAGAAGGUCAAACCCUUCGAGGAUACUACCCUCACCAAGCGGAAGAUUCUUGCUCAAACGGCAUCCUAUUACAAUGUUUUUGGAAUGCUUUCCGGACUGUUGGUACGCCCCAAGAUUCUUCUUCAAAGGUUGUGGCAGCUGGACCUUGACUGGGACUUCCCUCUUGACCAAGGCAGUGAGCUCUACUCCAUGAUGAGUAAGAUCAACAGAGACCUUAAUGAGAUGGACGGCAUUGAGAUCCCAAGAUGUCUGAUACCAGAGCCUUAUAGGGGAACGAGACCCCUACCCAUGGUGUCCAUGCAUGGUGUCAGUGAUGCUUCAGAGGACGCCAUGGGUUUUGCAGUGUGGCUGAGAUGGUCACAUGCUGACAGCCAAGAAGCUCAUCUAUCCUUCGUCUGUGCCAGAUCUAGAGUGACACCUCUGAAACAGACAAGCAUGCCUCGGAAGGAGCUACAAGCUCUUCUCCUUCUAUCCAGACUGAUGAUCACCAUCAUAGAUGCUCUACGCUUCAGCAUAGUCGGAUGGAAGAUGUGGACAGACAGCAUGACAGCGAUUAGUUGGCUUAGAGGGCAGUCUAAGACCUUCCGAUCUUACGUCGCACAUAGAGUCGGUGAGAUCACAUCUGAAUUUGACCCCUACAGGGAUAUCGCCUACGUUCCCUCGGAUCAAAAUGCUGUUGAUCUCAUUUCCAGAGGAGGCGUUGUUACAGACAUGCAGGAGGUCAUCAAGGGCCCAAAGUACUUGAGACUACCUCCUCAUUCUUGGCCGAGGACACCAGAAAAUGUUCCUGUCAAACCGGGAGAUCCUGAACGGAAGAAGUUUCACUCCCGAAACACCAAGACCCUCUCAGUAACUGUGAAUGCUGUGUCCAAGAACUCCCCGAUUGUUGAUGCUACCAAGUUCUCCAGCUGGUCAAAGCUACAGAUGGUCACGGCGAGGGUGUUAUCCCUCAAGGAGCUUCCCCGGAAUCAAUGGCUGAAGCAAUUCCUCCGGCAGAUCUCUGAAUGGCCAUCCCAAAGAAUGAUCAAAGAGUGUGUGUGUAAGCUGGACCCAUUCUUCGAUGAGGACAGUGAAGUGUACCGUGUUGGUGGACGUCUAGGUAGAGCACCGCCGUCGUAUGACAUUCGCCAUCCAUAUCUUCUUCCGAAGAAGAGUCAUAUCAGCUUCCUCCUGGUAUGCGAUAGACAUCUACAUGCCCUUCAUGGUGGUCAUUUGCGGACAGCAAAUGAGGUUCGGAAGAAGUACUGGAUAGUGGGGGACAUGAAAAUUGCACGACGUGUUGUACGCUGUUGCAUCACUUGCAGACGACAUAGAGGCAAACCGACGCACCAGAGGAUGGCUGAUUUACCAGAGUUUCGGGUCAGCCCAUGCUCGCCACCCUUCAAGACUACCUUGGUGGACUACCUAGGCCCAGUAAUGGUGAAACUGAAUCGUAAUACCACGACCAAGGGAUAUGGUGCCUUAUUCACAUGUGCGGUUACCUGGGCUGUCCACCUGACAGUAGUCCAAGACCUAUCAACUCAGGCAUUCCUUCAAGCCUUAGAAAGGUUUGUCAGUAUUAGAGGAGCACCAGCCAUGAUGGUUAGUGACAAUGCUACUUGUUUCCGAGGGGCUGACAACACGAUCAAUGAGCUGAACCUUAAGCUGAACCAAACGCAGGUCCGGGAGCACUGUCAACGUUAUAAGGUUGAGUGGAAGUUCGGACCACCGGGAGGACCCCACCACCAAGGGGCAGUAGAGCGCAUGGUCCAAGAAGUAAAGAAAGCUAUGAGGCACCUUGUGAAGGCUGACCGUCUUACCUUCGUAGAAUGGGAGACUGUUUUCUGCAAGAUUUCAGGGCUCAUCAACAGCCGUCCCCUGACUGCGAUGUCAUCGUCGCCUCUCGAUCAUCCACCGCUGACUCCCAAUCACUUUCUCAUUGGGAGAGGAGAUCUGAACUGCCCUGAUAUUCCUUGUGAGGACUACAAAGGAGAUCUACGGAAACGCCGUGAACUGUGUAAUACAAUGGUGGAGGGUUUUUGGCGUAGAUGGAUGGAGUACACCCACAAGUUGGCACCACGUCAGAAGUGGCAACGAUCUUCAGACAACGUGGAAGAGAACGAUAUCGUCCUCGUCAUCGGUGAUGACAGAAAACGCGGGUCGUGGAAGAUGGCCGAGGUAGUCGGGACUCAGCCUGGACAGGAUGGCCUUGUUAGAGUCGUCGAAGUGAAAUACGCAGAUGGGACCCGUGCCACCAGGCCGAUCACAAAACUUGUAUCCCUGAUGAAGCGAGAUGAACGUUCAGACAUUUAA